AUGGACGGUCCUGAGGACGCAAAUAGAGGCGGCACCCGGGCAUCUAGACGGUUCACGACUCUCGAGGGAUGGCGCGAGGUGCAAGGCGGGCUGUUGGUGGCCGCGGGCUCGACCGUCGCCGCCAUGGUGCCGAAUCCCGCCUACGACCCGGAAUGGCCGCUCCCAGAGGACGCAGCGACUGAUCGUACGCGGCAGUCGAGGAUGUACUUCAGCGAAAAGGGCGGCGCUUGGAAUCACCAUGGCCAGGCGGGAUUGUGGCCCAAUGGACCGACGACGUAUGCGACUGUGAUGAAAGACGAAGGCGCCGUGCAACAUGGCCAGCUGGGAGUCUUGGCAGAGGGCGAGGGCGAGGACGACUUGCUCGAGGAAGACGUCAACCCUCCGUUUCACGUCUUCUCCCGGCGGAGGAAGUGGUUCAUCAUUGUCACCAUUGGAGUGGCCGGCCUGUUCUCCGGCCUGUCGUCCAACAUAUACUUGCCGUCGUUGGCCGCCAUUGCCAAGAGAUUCAAGGACCUGCAAGUCAGCCUCGGCGACGUCUCGCUCACCAUUACCACGUAUCUCGUUGUCCAGGGCGUGUCUCCCUUGUUUUGGGGUUCCCUGUCUGACACUUUGGGUCGUCGGCCCAUCUACAUCUACUCCUUCUCGGUGUACAUUGUGUCCAACAUUGUGCUUAGCCUGUCGCCCAACUUUCCCGUCCUCCUGGUCUUUCGGGGUGUGCAGGCGGCGGGAAGCGCAUCAACCGUCAGCAUUGGAAACGGCGUCAUUCAAGACAUUGCCACCCCGGACGAGCGGGGGGCGUUCAUCAGUUUUUACCAAGCAAUCCGCAAUUUCAGCAUUGCCGUUGGGCCCGUUAUUGGCGGAUUGCUGGCCAACUUUCUCGGUUUCCGCUCCGUGUUUGUCUUUCUGCUCGUCACGUCGUCCCUUGUCCUGGCGACAAUCGCCGUCUUUCUCCCGGAGACGCUGCGGACAAUUGCUGGCAACGGCUCGCUGCGACUGUCGGGCAUCCACCAACCACUUAUUCGCCGCUUCGUCAAGGAGAAACACGCCCUCGAGGAACCCGACUUCAUGGGGCCUCGCCCCAAAGUGACGCUUGCGACGUUUCUCAGACCCCUCGUGCUCCUUGGGCAGAAGGAUAUACUGGUCAGCCUGGUAUUCGGGGGCACCGUGUACACCGUCUGGAGCAUGGUUGUUGCCAGCACAACAGGGCUAUUCAAGGACCUCUUUCAACUCAACGACCUGCUUCUCGGUCUGGUCUUCUUACCCAACGGUCUCGGCACCAUUGUUGGCUCUGCCAUUGCCGGCAAACUCAUGACGAGGGAAUUCGUGCGAUCUGAGCGGAUUUACCUGCAACGGUACCCCUCUGCGACGCCGCCUUCGAAAAACAAGAAGGAUUUGCCGCCCAACUUCCCCAUCGAGCACGCCCGGCUUCGCCACGCGCCGUGGAUAUCGGCCCUGUUCAUCGUGGCCACGGCGCUCUACGGAUUCACGGUGCUGCCGGCCGCGCAGCUCUCCAUUGUUGCCCGGCCGGGGUGGAUCGCCGUGCCCCUCGUGCUGCAGUUCCUGAUUGCCGCCACGUCGAAUGCCGUCUUUGCCAUCAACACGACCUUGGUGGCGGACCUGUGUCCGGGCAUGGGCGCGAGCGCCACGGCAAUUAACAACCUGGUGCGCUGUGGGAUGGGCGCCGUGGGCGUCGGGCUGGUCGAUUCGAUGCUGGGUGCUCUCGGGGCCGCUGCUACAUUCUUGGGCUUGGGUAUUCUCACGGUAGGGAUAGGAGUACUUUUGUAUGUAGAGUGGAUUUGGGGGAUGCAGUGGCGGAACGAGCGACUGAGGAAGAGUCGGACCGCCAAGAUGUAA